AAAACUAAAAGGUGGGGCCAACCUCGCAGAGCAGACAAUCCUCCCUGCGCCACAGAAGAAGCUUGGCGCUUGGUGGCGGCAUAGUGGCGGCAUAGUGGCGGCAUCAUUCUGCUACAAGUCGUCCUGUGCGGCGGCGGCGCCGUUGUUUGCUUUGGCGUAGAAAAGGAACUUAAGAAGGAAGCAAGAUUGGUCAGUGGUGGCGAAGCGGCGGCGGGUUUUGCACGGCAUUCUUCAGUUCCCUAGCGGCGGAAGUUUGUACAGAAGUUGCUUCUAGAAAAAGGUGGUUCAAAAUAGUACUUCCAAUUGCUGCAGCUCGUAAGCUUGUCGAAAGUCCCUUGAGCCACAACCGUGCGGCGUGCUCAUUUGUACCAUAGAAGGGCGCAGAAUGAAGUGUUCGUCCUAGAAUCACAAGAACCUUGGGGUUGUGAUUUGACUGCUCUAAAGUUCUGCACAGAGGCGCGCUGUAGCUGAUCGCCACUUUCUUCAGGAAAUUCUCUUGAGACACAAACAGAGUAGAAAGAUGUACGGGGGCGACGCAGAGGACAUCCCUCUUGAGGAGGAGGAAGACGAGAUCACGCAGGAAGAUGCGUGGGCCGUUAUCAGCGCCUACUUUGAGGAGAAGGGUCUUGUCCGGCAGCAAUUGGACUCUUUUGAUGAGUUCGUUCAGUCGACCAUGCAAGAAAUCGUGGACGAGUCUCCGGAAAUUGAGAUUCGGCCUGAGGCACAGCACAACCCCAAUCAGCAGCUGGAAACCCCGCAGGUCCUGCACAAAAUCAAGUUUGGGCAGAUCUACCUGAGCAAACCCUCCAUGACCGAACCCGAUGGCGAGACUUUGACCCUCUUCCCCAAGGACGCGCGUUUGCGCAACCUGACCUACUCGGCGGCACUGUACAUAGACAUAACCAGGACCACCAUCAGCUUGGGCCCCGAUGGGGAGGAGCAGAUCGAGACGCAGGAGUAUCCAAAGACGCAUAUUGGGAAGGUUCCGAUCAUGCUGCGCUCCAGCUACUGCACGCUCUACCAGCUCUCGGACAAGGAGCUGACCGAGCUCGGCGAGUGCCCGUACGACCAGGGCGGCUACUUCAUCAUCAAUGGCAGCGAGAAAGUCCUCAUCGCGCAGGAGAAGAUGAGCAGCAACCAUGUGUACGUGUUCAAGAAGCGGCAGCCGAACAAGUACUCGUAUGUGGCAGAGCUCCGGUCUCAGGCGGAGACGAGCAACCGGCCAAUAAGCUCGCUGUUCGUGCGGAUGCUGUCGAGGGCGGGGGCCAAGGGGGGCACCGGGCAGUACAUCCGGUGUACGGUGCCGUAUAUCAGGAGCGACGUCCCGAUCAUCCUGGUGUUCCGCGCGCUGGGCUUCACUGCGGACAAGGACAUUUUGGAGCACAUCUGCUACGACUUUAACGACCCCGCCAUGAUGGAGCUCCUGCGGCCGUCGCUCGAAGAGGCCGCCGCCAUCAAUGACCAGGAUAUGGCGCUUGACUACAUUGGCAAGCGUGGCAACUCGGUGGGCGUCACGCGCGAGAAGCGCAUCAAGUAUGCGCGCGAGAUCCUGCAGAAGGAGUUCCUCCCCCACGUGGGCACCGAGGAGUUUUGCGAGACGAAAAAGGCCUACUUCUUCGGAUAUGUCAUCCACCGGUUGUUGCUGUGCGCGCUCGGGCGGCGCGCGGAGGACGACCGAGAUCACUACGGGAACAAGCGGCUGGAUCUGGCGGGGCCGCUCAUGGGGGGGCUCUUCAGGCUGCUGUUCCGCAAGAUGGCCAAGGACGUGAAGAACCACCUCCAGAAGGCGGUGGACAACGGCAAGGAGAUGAACAUCACGUUUGCGGUCAAGGCCAAGACGAUCACGUCCGGGCUCAAGUACUCGCUGGCGACUGGGAACUGGGGGGAGCAAGGGAAGAUGGGAACUAGGGCGGGCGUGUCGCAGGUGCUCAACCGGCUGACGUACGCAUCGACGCUGUCCCACCUGCGGCGCCUCAACUCCCCCAUCGGACGGGAGGGCAAGCUGGCGAAGCCACGUCAGCUGCACAACUCCCACUGGGGCAUGAUCUGCCCUGCGGAAACGCCGGAGGGCCAGGCGUGCGGGCUGGUGAAAAAUUUGGCACUCAUGGCGUACAUCUCGGUCGGAUCGCCCGCGGGGCCGAUCCUGGAGUUUCUGGAGGAGUGGACGACGGAGAACCUCGAGGAAAUCUCCCCGAGCGUCAUCCCCAACUCCACCAAGAUUUUCGUCAACGGCGCCUGGGUGGGCAUCCACCGGGACCCGGAACUUCUGGUGCGCACCCUGCGCCAGCUGCGGCGGCAGGUAGACGUGAACACCGAAGUCGGGGUGGUCCGCGACAUCCGGUUGAAGGAGCUCCGGUUGUACACGGACUACGGGCGGUGCUGCCGGCCGCUGUUCAUCGUGGAGAACCAGAAGCUGCUGAUUAAGAAGCAGGACAUCCAGGCGCUGCAGCUCUGGCGCGGGCGAACGAACGACGAGGGCGCGAACCCCUUCGGGUGGCACGAGCUGGUGGUCAAGGGCUACAUCGAAUACGUCGACACAGAGGAGGAGGAGACCACCAUGAUCGCGAUGACGAUCAACGACCUGGCCAACGCGCGUUCCAACCCGCAAGACGCGUACUCCGACACGUACACGCACUGCGAGAUCCACCCGAGCAUGAUCCUCGGGAUCUGCGGGUCGAUCAUCCCGUUCCCGGACCACAACCAAUCCCCGCGAAACACGUACCAGUCCGCGAUGGGAAAACAGGCGAUGGGGAUUUAUGUCACCAACUACCAGCUGCGAAUGGACACGCUCGCGUACGUGCUGUACUACCCGCAGAAGCCGCUGGUGACAACUAGAGCAAUGGAGUAUCUGCACUUCCGGGAGCUGCCCGCGGGGCAGAACGCGAUCGUGGCGCUGCUGUGCUACUCGGGGUAUAACCAGGAGGAUAGCGUUAUCAUGAACCAGUCGUCCAUCGACCGGGGCUUCUUCCGCUCGCUCUACUACCGGUCGCUCAGGGACGAGGAGAAGAAGGCGGGCAUGGGCGAUCUCGGGCUGGAGCGCUUUGAGCGGCCGGACAGGGAGACCACCACCAACAUGUUCGCCGGCUCCUACGAAAAGCUGGAUGCAGAUGGGCUGGCGCCACCGGGCACCCGUGUUUCGGGUGACGAUGUGGUCAUUGGCAAGACGGCCCCGGUGCCGAUAGACACGACGACGGGAGAGGCCGUCCGGUUUACGAAGCGGGACUGCAGCACCAAGCUGAAACACACCGAAAACGGGAUGAUAGACCAGGUGCUCCUGACCACGAACGAGAUCGGGCAGAAGUUCGUGAAGGUGCGGGUGCGCUCGGUGCGGGUCCCGCAGGUCGGGGACAAGUUCAGCAGUCGGCACGGGCAAAAGGGGACGGUCGGGAUGACGUACUCACAGGAGGACAUGCCGUUCACGCAGGAGGGCAUCACCCCUGACAUCAUCGUCAACCCGCACGCCAUCCCCAGUCGCAUGACCAUCGGGCAUCUCAUCGAGUGCGUCAUGGGCAAGGUCGCGGCGCACAUGGGCAAGGAGGGCGACGCCACGCCCUUCACUGACGUCACGGUGGACAACAUCUCGAAGGCGCUGCACAAGUGCGGGUACCAGAUGCGUGGCAACGAGGUGAUGUACAACGGGCACACGGGGCGCAAGCUGCAGGCUAUGGUCUUUUUGGGGCCCACCUACUACCAGCGCCUCAAGCACAUGGUCGACGACAAGAUCCACAGCCGAGCGCGCGGGCCCGUACAGGUGCUGACGCGGCAGCCCGCGGAGGGGCGCGCCAAGGACGGCGGGCUGCGGUUCGGCGAGAUGGAGCGCGACUGCAUGAUUGCGCACGGCGCGGCGGCGUUCCUCAAGGAGCGCCUGAUGGAUCAGAGCGACGCGUACCGGGUGCACCUGUGCCAGCGGUGCGGCCUGAUCGCGAUUGCGAACCUGAAAAAGGCGACCUUCGAGUGCCGGGGGUGCAAGAACAAGACGGAGAUCGUGCAGGUGCACAUACCUUACGCUUGCAAGCUUCUCUUCCAAGAGCUCAUGGCCAUGGCUAUCGCCCCCCGAAUGUUUACAAAGGAACCUGUAAAGAAGAAGAGUAAAAAGUGACUGUGCUUGUGAUUGAGUACGGAUGAACUCUAGGAACGAAGGAACCUUGGCGUAAACCUGGUCGGAUGUACAAGGAGGUUGUACGUGAAAAACUGGGUUACCUAGAAACGAUUGUACAUGCGUCUUCUCAGUUUUGCUAGAUGCUGGUACAAAGCGGGCAACGCAGUCCCAGGAAGCUUAAGCAAGCUCAACGUGACUCAGUGAUGGUUUUCUUUUUCUUGUCGCUGCCGCGCAUGGUGCAUUGACGGCCGCGUCGGGAUUUCAGGGAUGCAUCGACUGAAGGCUUACCUAUAGUACGGUUGGGCGUUGACUUUAGUGUAGUUGGAUAUUGCAUGUUCUACAGCGUUCAUGUGAUCUCUACGUUGGGAUUGGUCAACCACGAU